AUGGCAUGUGGGAAAUGUAGAUGUAAAUCUCAUUUUGAUCAGGUGACUACUGAACAGGAAUUCGCUAAACAGUUGAUUGCUGAAAAUGAACAGAUAAAUGAUGAACCAGAACAAGUAAUUGAUGAACCCGAACAUGUGACUGUUGAACAGAUAAUUGAUGAACCAGAACAGGUAACUGAUGAACCUGAAUAUUUAACUGUUAAACACGUAAUUAAUGAACCACGCCAGGUAAUUGAUGAUCCUGAACAUUUGACUGUUGAACACGUAAUUGGUGAACCAGACCAGGUAAUUAAUGAACCAGAACAUGUGACUGUUAAACAGUUGUGGUUUAUUAUGGAGCCAUGUUUUGGUAAUAAUCACCUUUUCCUUCGUGAUGGUGCUUAA